AUGUCUGGGAGGUAUAAUUCUCUAGGUUACAAGCCGUCGCUGACCUCUUUGAAUAACAAUCCCGGAACAAGUAUGGCGAGCCCAUCAGGUGCCACUGCCGGCGCCACCGGGGGCGGAAGGCCCUUCAGGCCCUGUGCAAAUUGUACCUGUUCGCCAGGGUUACUUUCAAGACAAGGAAGAAGGUCGUCGCUAUUUGUGAGGCAGCUGAUGGACAAACGGAAAGAACAGCUGGCGAAAGGGCUUGGUUCCAGAAGCAACGGUUCUGGAGAGUCUGUAUAUUCGUCUGACACAAUAUGUCAGGCGAGAAACGUGAACACAACCGAAAGACUUAAAGAGCUCAGAAAAAAAAUGAAGGAACACGAUCUAGGCGUGUACAUCGUGCCUAGCGAGGACGAGCACCAGUCUGAAUACGUGUCGGCCGCAGACCAGAGACGUUCCUUCAUUUCUGGGUUCACCGGGUCGGCUGGCGUGGCCUGCAUUUCCAGAGACCUUUUGAACUUCAACGACGAAGAUUCCGAGGGGAAAUCGAUUUUGAGCACCGACGGCCGCUACUUCAACCAGGCUUUACAGGAACUCGACUACAACUGGUCUCUGGUUAGACAAGGCGAGGAUUCGCUUACGUGGCAAGAAUGGUGUGUCAACGAGGCUAGCGAGAUGUCGCUCAGUCUGGGAGGCAGAGUAGUUAAGAUCGGCAUAGACCCCAAGUUGAUCAGCUACCGUGAGGUCACCGGGUAUGAAAAACUGAUUCGGAAGAAAACCUCAGAGACCACCAAGAGCAACGUUCAGUUUGUCGCCGUCACUGAGAAUCUCGUCGACGCUAUAUGGGGUCAAUUUGAGCCUUUGCCCGUUAGAGCUUGCAAUGACCUGAUUCACUUGAACCUGUCGUUCUCUGGCGAGAGUUUUGCCGACAAAAGGAAAAGAGUUCUAAGCAGGUUAUCAUGCACGAUUCCAAGCUGCGACACGUUUUGCGUGGUGGCUCUCGACGAAAUUUGCUGGCUGCUUAACCUGAGAGGAUCUGACAUUGCUUACAAUCCUGUGUUCUAUGCUUAUUUACUUCUCAGAGAAAAUGAGACGCAACUUUUCACCAACAAUCCCUUUGACGUCUCAAUCAAAAAGUAUUUCUCUGAGAGUAACAUAACGGUGAGACCUUACGAAGAGAUUUGGUCCGAAUUAGAAUCUACGGCCAGCGAAAUGGCACAAAAGUCGAAAAAAAUUGCCAUACCGUCCGGCUCUCCUUGGCAAAUCGUGCGAGUACUGCAAAAUUCAUCCUACCAAGAAAUUCAGUCUCCAGUCGAGCUAUUCAAGGCAGUGAAAAACGAAACAGAGAUUAAAAACGCCCGUGCUGCUCAAGUCAAGGACGGUGUUUGUCUAGCACAGUAUUUUGCUUGGUUAGAAGAACAAUUGACGGUCAAGGACUCUUUGAUAGAUGAAUACAGGGCUGCGUGCAAACUGCUCGAGAUCAGGAAAACUCAGCCCAAUUUCAGGGGCAACUCCUUCGAGACUAUCUCCUCUACAGGCGCUAACGCUGCCGUCAUACAUUACUCUCCUCCUGUAGAGAACUCUUCAAUGAUCGAUCCGAGCAAGAUAUACCUCUGCGACAGUGGAUCGCAGUUUUUGGAGGGAACCACUGAUAUAACGAGAACGCUCCAUUUCACGAAGCCCAGCAAAGAGGAAGUCGAUAAUUAUACUUUGGUUUUGAAGGGUAAUCUCGCUUUAGAAAGGCUUGUGUUUCCUUCAGGUACAUCUGGCUAUAAUAUAGAUGUUAUUGCGAGACAGUUUUUGUGGGAGCGUGGAUUGGACUACAGACACGGUACAGGCCAUGGUAUCGGAUCGUUUUUGAACGUGCAUGAGGGACCAAUAGGAAUUGGUUUUAGACCUCAUUUAGUGAACUUCCCUCUGGAAGCGGGCAACAUUAUUUCCAACGAGCCCGGUUUUUAUAAAGAUGGAGAGUACGGACUCAGAAUCGAGAAUGAUAUGCUAAUCAGCCAGGACGAAGGUCUCAGGUUCGGUGAACACUCCUUUUUGAAAUUCGAAAAUAUCACUAUGGUUCCCUAUUGCCGCAAACUAAUAAACGUCAAAAUGCUAACGCCUGAAGAGAAAAAUCAAAUUAAUCACUACCAUCGCCGCGUGUGGGAGUCCGUUGUGCAUUUUCUUCAACCACAGAGCAUUGCGUUCAAAUGGUUGAAGAGAGAAACUGCUGCGUUGUGA